CCUGGCUGCGUGCGGUGGUCCUGCUCUUCAACACCGCUAGUGUCGGCCAGUGUCGCGCCGCGGACGGACACUAGAACCCCCACCCACUGUCGCCCCGAGAUCUGGCGGACAUGUGCUCUACUGUGGCAACCUGUGUUACGGAAAUAGUGACGACAGAAAGUGUGAAUACCUGGUGACGUUUGUGUGUGUCAGACUAGUGUGGUGUUGCAGCCAGAGCUCGCUGCUCGUGUACUUUACACACCGCUGCCGAGACUGAUAAACAGUGACAUAAAUAAGCUGAUAGUGGUGACGGCCAGUGUACUGUGGGGUGGCUGAGGCCGCCGUGAGUUGUACAGUGCCCAUACUGAAGAUGUUGAGGCGCUGCACGAUGACCGCGUCAGCGCCCCCGGCAAGUGCUUGAGUGUCACCUCUUGAGGACGAUGCCAAGCUCUGAAGGCGAGGUGACAGCGGCUCAGGUAGCGGAGGUGGAGCGGGUGGAGACCUCCACCAAACUGGAGGCAGAGAGGAUGGCGCAGGUGGUACCGGAGGUGGUCAUCGGGAAGUCACCUGCCAGGAUCAACCCUAAAAGAAAACCUGACAAAUCAAAAAUAUUCAGAAUACGAACAAGUGAGGCUGACGAGUCGUACAUCUGUCCGUACUGCCGGGCGGAGCUGGUGUCCCGGGAGCAGCUGGAGGAGCACAGGGUAGCGUGUGGGCGCGAGCCUGCCGUGCUUCCCGUGCCGGACACUCCCCGCACCCACCAGCCCGACACUGAUCACCACCCAGACGAACUCCGACGUCACCAAGAUGUGGCCAAUAACAACCAGGCCCACAUCUUGAAGGCCAGAGCGGCCCAUGAAGCUACCCCAGAGUCACGCGAGUCUUCUGUCGACCGUAAUAAUGGGUACGACAGUGAUAGUAACCCUGCGGACGGCGGCCCUCUGGCGCAGAUUAGACACCUCUUGGCACAGUCAGCCGCUCCUACACAGGUAGGACCUAUCGCACAGCAGCUGGCGCAGUCUAACCUGGCUCUGGAGGCCAUACAGAACACCAGGAUGGCUCUCGCUCAGUUUGCAACCUCCGCCUUGAACUCCUCGAGCUCAAACAACCCUCAGGCAAUGCAAGAGUUUGCGUUGCUUCAGGGAACACUGUAUACCUUGCAACACCAGCAGAUGAUGCAGCUUCAACUUAUUCAACAGUUACAAGCACAACUCUCAAUCAAGAACAAGGAAGGGAGUCCUGGGUUACCUAAUUUCCCAGAAAAUGAGUCGAAAAUUGGAAGUGAAAUCCAGGAGCGUCCUGAACCUCCAUCCCCGCCCACGCCCAGCCCCAGACCUCCGCCUCCGCCCACAAGUGAGGUCAGUCAAGGUGUCAGCAGCUCUUUCAUUAGCACACUUAUGGAGAGGUUCAAGGUCCCACCAACUAGCGAAAGUAAUAGCGAUCGUCCACUAGGAAGUUCGCCCCUGUGUGCCGCCAGCACCAGUGGUCCUCCUCUUGACCCGCGGGACAGACCCAUCUCUCCGCCGAUGACAGCGUCUAGCAUCGCUUCGUCCGUCAUCCAACACACUGAUCCACCUCCGCCAGAUGAGCCAAACACUCUGGAGAUGCUUCAGCGUACAGCUAACAGUGUCCUCAACAGUGCCUCACAAGGCCUCCUAACCAAUCGUCUCAUCGACGACCACAAACCCAGUGACGGAAAAGACCCGUACUACAAACACCGGUGCCGCUACUGUGGUAAGGUGUUUGGCAGUGACUCCGCCCUCCAGAUCCAUAUCAGAUCCCACACUGGAGAACGACCAUUUAAGUGUAACAUCUGCGGCAACAGGUUUACGACUAAAGGAAACCUUAAGGUACACUUCCAGCGGCAUGCCAGUCGGUUCCCCCACGUUAAAAUGAAUCCACAUCCAGUUCCCGAACAUCUGGACAAAUUCCAUCCACCAAUCCUGGCCCAGCUGGGAGAACUGAAGGACUAUCCUGCGCCUCCGACAGGGCCUCCGAAUCCUUUCACCUCCUUGCCAGGAGGUCCUUCUCUACCUCCGUACCGGUUACCAGGCCCGCCCCCGUCCCUAGACCUACACAGACCUUUCAAUCUCCUCAACCUCGCUAGACAAGGCAGAGAUGAUGAACCGGAAAACUUAAGUCUCUCUGAGUUGCCUCGGUCACCGCCGCCGUCACUCUCACAAGAUUUUAAUACAGAUAAAAUGGAGUCGAGCAGAAUGGACGUGGCCGAAUCUUUGCGACUUCCAAAGUUUGAUGAGAAGAUGGAGAAGGACGACGCCUCUGAACCUAAUGAUAUUGUUGAAAUGUCGGAGGAGAGAGAGUCGAGUGAAACAAGGUUCAGCGGUGAGAAACGAUUCGACGACGACCAGAGGUUUGAUGAUGAGAAAAGAUUCGAAAGUGAGAAAAAUUUUGACGAUGAGAAAAGAUUCGAUGAUGUAAAAAGAUUCGAAGAUGAAAAAGGAUUCGAAGAUGAAAAAGGAUUCGAAGAUGAAAAAGGAUUCGAAGAUGAAAAAAGAUUCGAAGAUGAAAAAAGAUUCGAUGAUGAAAAAAGAUUCGAAGAUGAAAAAGGAUUCGAUGAAGAAAAAAGAUUCGAUGAUGAAAAAAGAUUCGAAGAUGAAAAAGGAUUCGAAGAUGAAAAAAGAUUCGAUGAUGAGAAAAGAUUCGACAGUGAAAAUAGGUUUAAUAAUGACGAGAAAAGGUUUGACGAGGAUAAAAAGUUCAACGAAGAGAACAGGUUUGAUGACGAGAACACAUUCGACAGUGAAAAUAAAUUCGAGAACGAAAGUAGACUUGACAACGAGCGGGAGACGUCCAAAGAGCGUUUCGUUGAUUCCCAGGAAAUGCGAAAUCUUAUAGAGAGGUCGAGCGCUGAGCGAGAACUGAGCACCGAACAACCUCCCUUGGACAUCCGAGUUCGUACUGAAAGAGAACUAAAGGACACGAAUGACGGUAACGGCAGCACCAAAGAUGAGCAUGACAUGGACAGUAGCGACUCACGCUCAGUCAGCUCAGAUCAGCCAACUGACCUGAGGAUGAGACCAGAGUUUCGUCCGCUGGGUUUACCAACUAUUCCUUUCUCAGGUCACAGACUUCCUCUUAACUUCCCCUUUCUUCAUGGAAUUCAUACCUCAUUCCCGGGACCGAUGGGCCCCCCUCCAAGCAUUUCCGUUCCCCCGGGCAUUGACCCUGCCAAAGAUCCUCAUAUUUACACAAAUCUUUUACCUAAACCCGGCAGUACAGACAAUUCCUGGGAAGCCCUGAUCGAGGUUCAGAAAACUAGUGAAACCAUGAAGUUAGAGCAGUUAGUGAAUAAUAUUGAAAACAAACUGACAGACCCGAACCAGUGCGUCAUCUGCCACAGAGUUCUCUCGUGUAAGUCUGCCCUGCAGAUGCACUACCGAACACAUACCGGAGAAAGACCGUUUAAAUGCAAAAUCUGCGGGCGAGCCUUUACCACUAAAGGCAACCUUAAGACACACAUGGGCGUUCAUCGUGCCAAACCACCUAUGAGAAUGUUACACCAGUGUCCUGUGUGUCACAAGAAGUACACAAACGCUUUAGUCUUGCAGCAACAUAUCAGACAGCACACGGGAGAACCCACAGACCUGAGCCCCGAGCAGAUCGCUGCAGCAGAGGUUCGGGACUACCCGCACCUUCACAACCCAACGUCGCUGCCGCAGCUCCUGCCCUCCGGCUUCCCGCUACCACCACCUCCCUUACAAGGGUUUCCGCCCCUCCCUCUGCACCUGAGGUACCAGUUGUCUCCUGAGGCUCUGAGGCACCGAGAGAUGAUGGAAAAUGAAGAUAGAAGUACGGAAGAGGAGAAGUACCUUCGUCCCUUCAGUACCUCGUCUAGGUCCUCGUCGACAGGAAGUGCCGAACAGCGAACAGCAGAGGAUUUAACGAUGCGAUCACGAGAGGACAGCUUCAACGGUAUGACGUCACCCAGAGCAUCAGUGUCCCCUACGCCGUCGGACUACUCUGAUCUGGGCGAGCGGUCACACGACGCCCCUGGUGGCGACAGUCAAAUCUCCCCAACAGAUCACCAAAUCAGCGGCUCCGUCAGCCCAGCGGUCAGCACAGGGAGUCAAGAGGGAGGAACUUCCUUACCACUGGACCUGGCGGCCCGCCCUCACCCACACAUCUACUCACCCUUCGGCCUUUUCCCGCCGCCCUUGACGACGGCUGCCAUGACGCCGGGGACACACACUAUGCCAGGCCUCAACCCGCUCUACCUGCCCAGCAUGCCAGUCUUUUUCUCUGCGUUAGGUCGAGGUAACACCACGUGUCAUAUCUGCUUCAAGACGUUUGCCUGUCAGUCAGCACUUGAGAUCCACAUUCGCUCGCACACCAAGGAGCGUCCCUUCAAGUGCAACAUCUGUGACCGCGGCUUCUCUACUAAGGGGAAUAUGAAGCAGCACAUGUUGACCCACAAGAUCCGUGACGGGUGUCGGGACCCGCUACAGGACUCCUGCAAGUCCAACGGCACAGGUUCCUCAGCCGCCGACACCUCCUCACCCUCGCUGGCCUCCCCACUUCCGUCUUCUCUGGCCUCUCCUUUGCCCUCCACAUUGCCCUCUCCGCUGCCCCCACCCUCCGCUUCCCCACUACCCCUGCCCCCCUCCUUGACAUCUUCCCUGCCUCCCACCCUGCCACCAGCCGCCGUGGCCGCCGCUCUCCUGCACCAGGCCAGGGAGGAGGAAAAGAUGGCCGACUCAAGACUCAAGAGGGAACGAGAGGGAGAGAACGCCCUUCCGGUGCCCAAACGAGCCUCAGGUGCUGGUGGUGAAGGCGAGGGUGUAGAAGGAGGUUCACCAUCAGGAGGGGAACAACAGCCUACACCAGACCCCGCGCCCUGUCCCUCUCCCGCGCCAGAGGUGAUGCCGCUGCCACGCACGUGAUCCAUGUUUCCCUUGUAUGGCAGAAGUGGGCCUCCGGCAGUAGUACAGCUGCCCCCGACCUGGCCCACUUGGCUCUACAAGUAACCUGUUGACCCACGCUCGCCGCUCCCUAUGUGUAGCCUGCGACUCCCCCCCCCUUCCCCACACACACCUGCCCCAUACCUACCCCGAGUGUUACCCACCAUAACCUAACGUGUACCCGCCAUACUCCCAAGGUGUACCCACCAUAAACGCGAGUGUUAUCUGAACCUAGGGUGCCAUCUACCAUUACUCCUAGAGUGCCACCCACCAUACCUCUGAGGUGCCAUCUACUAUAUACUCCUGGGGUGCCACUUAUCAUAAUCUGAGUGCCACCUACCAUGCUCCCAGAGUGCCACCUACCAUACUUCCGGAGUGCCACCUACCAUACUUCCGGAAUGCCACCUACCACACUCCAGGAGUGCCACCUCCCAUACUCCAGGAGUGUCACCUACCAUACUUCUUGGGUGUCAACUACCAUACGUUUGGGAAGUUACCAGCUACAUACCUAUUUUUUACCCACUACUCCUCCCCCAAGUCACCCGUCGCAGUAGCCAGCCCACUGAAGAUACUCCGGAGUAAUACAGCCACAACCUGGACCUGUGGUGUUGUGGGAAGCUCAUGUAAACCCCGUGAUGAUGGUGAUGAUGAUGAUGAUGAUGAUGAUGAGUUAGUGUUAUCUGAUCAAGACUAAAGUGUAACCAGUGACCGAGGUAUUAUAGAUAGAUAACGAGUGUAAACAAUACGUAUGUGUAAUAGAACCUUAACUGCCAAGAUCUUCCUGUACAGAAUAAAACAGUAACUCAAAAGAGACACUGAAAUAUAUUGUUGGUGAGAUGUGAGACUCGUUGGCCCUCUCCCACACUGACUGAUGGCCAAGUCGCCAGAAACAAGAGAUGGCCUCCUCGGGCGGCCUGUUGACUUGUACACAAGUUAGUUUUGUUGACUUACUAUGAAAGGUGUCGUACAUAGGAAAGAUAUUCUUGUAUGAUGUGUAAAGAUCUCAUUUCCAUGCUGUUAUAGACUCAUUAUUUAAAUGUUCUUGUUAAUUUAUCAUUAUAAUUAUGUAUCAGUUGAUUUUCUUAAUGUCCAUUGUAUGUGAAAAUUGGAUUUGUAAGUCAAUACCCAGCACACAUAAGCCCAGCAAAUGCUUGUGACAUUUUGUACCGAUCCCUUGUACAUCCACCGUAGUUCCUCGCCAAUCUAGUCUUACAGUCUCACUUGGUUGAUCGCAGCGUUGUUCUGUUCACCACCACCUCUCUCUCUCUCUCUUGACGUAAUGGGGACAGAUAACACCCCAGACUUACUUAUACCUCAGUAAUCCUACAGUUCACGACCCGACGUGUACAGCUCCGAGGAACAGACUGCCGGAUGAACCAAGUUAGACUGUGCUGGGUAUGGAAAUGUCACAAAUGUUUUGACCAGUGCAUCAUGAGGUGGCGCCAGGGUGAUGAAAAGUCACUGAGAGGGCGCCCCCCAAAAAAUAUGUUGCUUGUUAUCACCAGAGACAACCUUCAUGUGAUGAUAUCAUGAAUAGCCAAUCCACUGAGAUGCUUUAACUGAGCAAUGUUUCAAGACCACUUAGUAAAAAUCUCUAUUCUUUGUGAUGUACUGCAAUAUAUUGGGAAUGGGCAUUUAGACAAACCAUGAUAUUCUCUGUGAUACUGUAGCCGACUUGCUUACACUGGGCUAGAUUUCCGUGGUAGUUUGAAGUGGUCGGAAAUUUAGAGUUGGUAUCUUGACACUGAUUGGCUGAGGAAAAACAGUAGGCAGACCUUCAUCACACUACCAGAGCUUGUCAGCCAGUCAGUCAUGCCCGCCUCCUUGAAGCUGGUCGUUGAUCACCUCGAGGAAACACGAUCAGUGGACAGGAGACGACCAUACCACGCUAGUUGACACACUCGCACGACAAACCUCCUCCUCAGCCCCGCACUACACGCUACUAACCGGGGAACAAAACACAGCCCAGCAGGGAAACACUUCCGUACACUCUGCAGUGAGUAAUGGGGAUUGACUCCUGUUGUACAUGGUGCAAUGAGAUCAAACUGCUGCUGUACACUGCGCAGCAGACACAUACUACUGCCGUAUAUUGCGCAGCCAGAUCAAACUGCUGCUAUACAUUGCGCAGUAGGAACACACAGCUAUAAGUACAGUGCGCAGUGACGAAAUACUGCUGGUGCAACAACUGCACUUGAAGUAUAUUGUUACUACCAAACAGUACACAGUAGGGAUGAAGAUGCUGUUGUUCAGUAAGCUGCGGAGACAAACUGCUGCUAGCUUUCCCAAUGGUCAUGGAUGUUUAAGCACAAUUUAUAUAUGCUGGAAUGUUUCUUCCUCUUUGGAACCCUCCUUUUUGGUUAUGUGUGUAUUUGAAGAUAUUCAGAUAUCGUAUAUCACAAUAUAGCUUAUGGAUUCAGGUUUGCCUCAUGACAUAUCUUGGCGAGGGGAGUCAGGAGCUUGAUAUGUAUAUUCUGCUGGCGUCGUUGCUCUUGACACCCUUGUCUCUACCUUCCCAGUGAGCGAGGCCCUUGUCCCAGUCGGCCUCUUAUGGGCCCUCACCGACGCAUUCAUAACCACUAUAACACAAGACCCUCGAUUGCUCUCCUCUCUGUGGUCGAGGGUCAGAGUCUCAGUCUGACUCUUAUUGGCGCUUAAGGACUCACAAUAACAAUCCACACAACACACACACGCACACACCACAGCUUGGUGAGGCGUGGGUGAUGACACAUGGCGGUUACUAGUAUAUCACUACAAAAUAUUCCUCCAUAGUCAUCACUAGAGCUGUCACCACCACAACAACACCAGCAGAACACCUCAACUUACCUCAGCAGUUCCUCUUCCCGCGAGCUGCAGCACCAGUUGAGUCAUCUUGCUACUCGCCCUCGCACCCAAGUAAACAAACAUUUAAAUCCAGUUUUUGUACGAUUUUAAUGGAUUUUAGACGAUUAGUUUUCUCGCUUUUUCUAUGAGGUAAAGUGUAUGUAGUGUCUCUGUAAAAAUGUUGUUUAGAUAAAAGCAAAUAUAUUAUCAGUUGAUGAGUUGUAGAAGAAAUUUGACACUUUCACAUAUGGAGAAGCAAGUUUUUGUAUAGCUUUAGGCACGACCAUGCAUGUACGCUAAAUAUUUAUCAUAUCAGAUCUUUACUUAUGUGUGUAUGAGUGGAAUAGAUGCUGUCAGAGGGUUCAAGGGGAUCAGGUUAAGGCUAGAUUUAAGGAGUAGCUGUAAUAAUAGACGGCUUACAAAUUGUCCUACCAUACCAUUUUGUGUUGACCUCCUCGUUCGUGGAGACUCGUUGACAGAGCUGUUCCGCGGCUGAGCUAUGACACAAGACUCAUCAAGACCGCCACUUGGUCCUUGUUAUAUUGUAUCUAUCUUCCAGGGCGCGGCUCAGCGACGCCCCCUGGGUGUAUGUCUGUGAUACGGCCGAGCUGACCGCGCCAAGGUGAAGUCAUUCCAGUGCCAUGCUCAGCAAACCCGGCCUCCAGAUAAACUUCUUAAGUUUACCCUGCACCAGUUCAGAGAAAAUGGGCACUAUUCUCACAUUUCGGCUAGGAAACUUUUCAAUAGAGUGCAACUUGAUGCUUUCUAUAUUGGUUGUGUCGGUCAUCUAGCCUGGUUAUACUCCCACACCUUCCCUGUGUUACUCGUACUGGACCUGUAGAAUAAUAAUGUUAUUUUGAUAUUUGUGUGCGCACCUGAUUCGCUAACUGCGCGUCUUCGCCCAGGAACACAGGAGAAGCUAUUUUUGUACUAUUCUACGAUAGCAGUUCCCGGGCGCAGACCUGCCAACCACCUCUCCUACAAACGUGACGGAGUGUGCGACGCCCUAGUUGUAGAGCCAGUUUGUCAGCAGCAUCCUUCUUAAUUAAAACAGUACCAUUGUA